AUGGUGAACUUUGUAGAAUCACAAAAAACAUUGUUGUACGGUCUAAUGAAAUUGGCUGGCGUCGUUCCGUACACCGUAGAGAUUGAACCAGGGACGAAAAUGAACUUCUGGAUCCCCAAAGAAACCCUUAAAAAAUCAAAAAAGUCCGACAAAAACUCUGACGUGCAACCUAAGAAACCUACUAAACCAGCCAUCUUGUUCAUCCACGGCUUUGGAGUCGAGGGAAUCGUGACGUGGCAGUUCCAAGUUGGAUCAUUAGGCAAGAAGUAUUCAGUCUAUAUACCGGACCUCCUCUUCUUCGGUGGGUCCUACUCAGAUAAACCGGAACGAUCUCCAGCCUUUCAAGCCCAGUGUUUGGUUAAGUCUCUUCGUAUUCUCGGUGUGGAAAAGUUUGUCCUUGUAGGGUUUAGUUACGGUGGCAUAGUAGCUUUUAAGAUCGCUGAGGAGUACCCUGAGAUGGUUCGAGCCAUGGUGGUGUCAGGUUCCAUACUUACGAUGACUGAUACGUUCAGUGAGUCGAAUUUGAACCGGUUAGGGUUUAAGUCCUCGGCUGAUCUUUUGUUACCAACUUCGGUUAAGGGACUCAAGACUCUCUUCACCAUGUCUGUUCAUAGACCCAUGUGGUUCCCGAACUGGCUCUAUAAGGAUUACAUGGAGGUGAUGAUAUCUAAGAGGAAGGAAAGAGCAGAACUGUUAGACGCUUUGGUCAUCAGUAACACCAAUGUGACCACUCCUCGUUCUCAACAGGUUUUCCAUAUAGAUUUUAACUGA